AUGGAGGUUGACCAACCGGACGAGGGCAACGCCACCGUCUUCACGCCCGCAACCCGAAUUGCAGAGUUGAACGAGAUCGACCGAUCUAUUGCUACCCUCCUCUCUGCGGCCUCUGAUGCUGUUGGAAUUCUAUCGAACUUGCCCACUACCGAAAAGCAAGAGGCGGCUCUACGUUCAUCGUCCAGCGCACGGGCGGCCUUUUCAGCGGCCGCCGAGUGCUACUUUUCUACCCUCUCUUUGAUCGAAGUCCGACUCCGACGACAAGUUUACGCGCUAGAAGAGGCGGAUCUUAUACCGCCUGGAGAUGAUAGGGAUGCCAGAAGAGGCCGCACCAUGGGUGGAGACGCCAACUUGACGAGAGUGGGCGGCGGUCCUCUUGACCCCAGCUGGCUCAAUGCCCGGGCGAGCGACGCAGUUGAGGUGGGAAUGAAGCAAGAGCUUCUCGCUCAGGCGAAGGCAUUUGUGGAACAGGCAGAAAAAGAAGCGCAAAAUGUUGGUCAAGAUACACUUGUCAAAGAGGAGCCAGCAGCUGAAGAGCUGGAAAGCUAG